GCGUAGUGUUUACUAUAUUUUAUUUUUAUUGUUUAAUUCUCAACCUCAAUGUUGGAAGUUGGAACCUUUCAUCUGCUUUAGUGAAUUUUAAUUUUUACAUUUUCGUCCGGUUAGAAAUAACGAAAUACAAAGCGUCUGUAAGCUAAUUUCUACGCUAUAAAGAUGUCAAAAAAUCCAUUUGUAAACUGUGAAUCGCAUGAACAAAAAAAGAUAAAAGGUCCGAUUGUCGAACCAAAAGAGAAACUAUUUUGCCCUCCUACUAUAGUGAGAUUGGGUAAUGAACAGUUUGAAUUCAAUAGUAUGUGGUUUUACAAAACGUGCUUAAAAAGUUUGUUGAGCGAAGAUGCUGUUAACAACCAUUUGACUAUUUGCAAUACAUUGUCAAAAAGAGAUGAAGCUAAUCCACCUACUAAAAAAAAUGAAGAUACUCAUUAUAUUUGUGAGACUUGUAAAAAAGUAUUUGCAAGGCGUGUUACACUAAAGAAACAUCUAGAAGUGCAUGAAAAGUCAUCAAGUAGUAUAGACUCUGAAGAAUCUAAUGAUAAAGUUGAAGCAAUGGAUGAUGUUGAUGCGAAUGAUGGAGUUGAUCUUUUAAACACAAAAAAUGAAAAUGAUGAGGAUAACGAUGAUAAUUACGAACUGAGGAAGAAAAUCCAUGAAGUGGCAUUGAUUUGACAACUUCAUUUUAUUUCUUUAUAUUCAUAUUAAUUUUUUUUUUUAUUAAAUAAAAUCAAUUAAAUUAGCUUUUA